AUGCGUUUCCUUGAGCAGCAGCGAGAAGUGUGGCAUACACUCUGUAAUCCAUCAAAACACUCCGCUGGAGAGCGAAAACGGGCAUACUUUUUCCUUUUCGCAUACUGUAUUGCUAUUGGGACCUUCUUUGCAAGUCUUCUGCACUUUAUAGGUGCAUGGGUAGCUUCUGGUCUUAUGCAACUUAUUAUGCUUAUCUUCGCUAUGAUUUUCGCCCUCAAUAUUGCGGAUUGUCGUGAUAAGUGCCUCAACGUGUUAGAAUGUGAGCGAACUGUUAAUCCAGUACUCGAAAUCUAUGUUGCUCUUCGUGUGCUGCAGUCCAUACAUGCAUUAUUCUUUCUUGAUAGCGUCGUAGUGUCUGUAUUUUUUCUACUCGCCUUAUUGUUCCUUUUCUGGCGUAUGUACCGUGGGGUCUUCUUUGUGGAUGCGACAAGUCUAUGGCGUGAGAUGGGCCGAUUAGAGCGUGAGUCUUAUAUGCAUAUUGCCGUUGAUGUGAUUCUCUUCGUAACGUACUUAAUCUGCAUGAUCUUCUCCAUGGUUUCCAAGUACGCCGUUUAG